AUGGCUACUCUGUUCAAGGAAAAUACACCCAACCCCGUUUCCAUCUUGGUUAUUUCUGCAGCCAAUGGCGUGGUUGGCUUCCAUGGAAUCUCUCCAUUUGGCCGGCUACCAUUGAGGCUCAGCCACCUGGUGCUGCCCAACUACCUUUGCGCCACUCCUAAGAGACUCACUAGAGUUUUACAGUGA